AUGGUCAAAUGUGUGAAAGGCUACGAAUGUGUGAGCCCGAGACUUCUCUGGAUGCGACUUAAGGUGGGAUUAAGGAAGUUGUUUGUUCUGGGUGUUUACGCCCCAGACAUGUCUAAAAACAUAUCAAUCCGGGAGGAGUUUUGGGAGUCUGUAAGGGAGACGCUAAUGAUUUGUGAGGAUAAUGAGUAUGUCAUUAUGUUAGGUGAUUUUAAUGGAAGAGUUGGAGUGAAAAGGACUGGUUAUGAAAGUGUGCUAGGAACGUUCGGUGAUGUAAGUGUGAAUGAGAACGGUGAAAGCCUUCUCGAACGUAUAAGAGUAGAGAGACUAAGAGAUGAGUGUGUGAAAGAAAAGUAUCUUAGUAAUCUAAAAGAAAAAAAUAGCGACAUGAGUGCGGAAAAUAUGGAAGAAUGGGAUUUUGAAUAUGUGUGGGAUCGAAUGAAAAGAGGGUUAGUUGAUGCGGCUACCGAAGUAUGUGGCAUAAGCAAGAAGAAGAAUGACAGGAAAGGAAAUACUUACUGGUGGGAUGAUGAAGUACGAAUGAUUGUGGAUGCUAAGAAGAAAGCAUGGCUGGAUAUUCUAGCUGCCAAAGCUAGUAAUUGUAUGAGUGAUGAGAUUGAGGGAAAAGAAUCUUUGUUUCGUAAUUUGAAGAAGAGUGUGAAAGAUAUUGUUAAAAGGAAAAAGCAGGAAAGAAAGGAGAUGAAUGAUAAAAGAUUCUCUGAUAACUUUCGGGCCAAUGUAAAAAUGUUCUGGAAAUUUGUCAGAACUGCCCGAGGGAAAUCAGAGGAAUCGAAGAUGAAUGUAGUGCGAGAUGAGGAUGGAUGUAUUUUAAACGACGAAACAUUGGUUCUGAAGAGAUGGAAGGAAUAUUUUGAUGUUUCUGAGGAGGCGUCGGUGUCAAGUACAUCCGAUCCUUCUCAGGACAAGGAUUCAGAAAGCGAGAUCAGUAUGGAUGAAAUCAUGAAAGCGAUGAAAAGUAUGAAAGUAGGUAAGGCUGCUGGGUAUGAUAGAAUUACAAUGGAAAUGCUGAGGGCUGGGGAAGGGCUAGUAGCAAGCCUGCUGUGGCUUUUCUUUAAAAUAUGUUGCAGACGAGGUCAAGUACCAGGUGACUGGUGCGGAGCCGUUAUUGUCACACUAUACAAGGGAAAGGGCUCACAGCAGGAUUGCAGAAACUACCGCGGAAUCAGUCUCCUCAGCAUUGUCGGUAAACUCUAUGCUAAAGUGUUGAUUGAAAGAGUUAUGAAAGAAACUUAA